UCCAUUUGAAUAUCUGUUUACGACUUGCAACCUUUCGACAAACAAAAAUAGUAGUCUAUUCCUUGAAGUGAGGGCUUUUGUUGCCUCCUUCCUUUGAAAAUGGCAAACACGGAAGAGCAAAAAGAAAUUGCCCAUUUACGUUCGUUACUGAAAGACAAAGAGGAUGAGAUUGCUCGGCUGAAACUUCUCAUUGGAACUGUAGGCCUACCCGGAAUUGACAAAGAGGAUCCAUCAGGAAGGACGCCAACGGUGCCGGCUGCAUGUCACGGCAACUUGACGAAGGACCAAGUCUCCCGCUACAGCAGGCAAUUAAUUCUGCCUCAAGUCGGUGCCGAAGGACAGAAGCAACUGGCAAAGAGUUCCGUCCUGAUUCUCGGAGCCGGUGGACUUGGUUGCCCGGCAGCUAUUUAUUUGGCUGCGGCCGGUAUUGGACAUUUGGGUGUAGUCGAUUACGAUGUCGUCGAACUGAGUAACCUACACCGACAAAUCAUGCACCGCGAGGCGAGCGUAGGUGUUUCCAAAGCGGCCUCUCUCGGCCAGGCGGUGCGUUCGCUCAAUUCACGCGUUCGUGUGUCCAUUCACGACGUCCAGCUGGACGAGAGCAACGCUAUGGACAUAGUGUCCGGCUACAGUGUGGUGCUGGACUGUUCGGACAAUCCCGCCACUCGCUACUUGAUCAACGACGCGUGCGUCCUCUCCGGCCGUCCUCUCAUCUCGGGCAGCGCACUCCGCUGGGAAGGCCAAUUGACAGUCUACAAUUACCGUGACGGACCUUGUUACCGCUGUCUCUACCCGACGCCACCCAAUCCCAAGUUUGUCACCAACUGCUCGGACGGAGGAGUCAUCGGAGCAGUUCCAGGUCUGAUUGGAACACUGCAGGCGAUGGAAACGAUCAAACUCCUCUUGGCGGAGGUGAAGCCGGACGCGUCCAAUCAUUGCCGAACAGGCCCUUCGUUCAGCCGGCGAUUGCUCGUCUUCGACGGAGAGAGCGGAAUGUUUCGUACCGUUUCACUACGCCCCAAGCAGCCAAGCUGUGCCGUCUGCGCCGGCCCGGAGUCGAGGACCAUUAACCGUCUCGUCGACGUCGAUUACGCUCUCUUCUGCGGUCGAGGACCUCACGACAAGGAUGAAGGACUGCGAAUAUUGAAGGGCGAAGAUCGCGUGACUGCCUCGGAAUUCCGGAAUGUCGUCGAGUCAUUUGAAAUGGAUAGACGACCGUAUCUUUUGAUUGACGUCCGCCCUCGACUGGAAACGUCCAUCUGCUCGCUACCAGACAGCGUCAAUGUACCGUUUGAGGACCUGGAACAGCGUGUCGAUGAACUCAAAGAGCUGGUCAAUCGACAUUUAGCCCGGAAGGAUGCCGGACAAUCGCCACUGUCAGUGUACGUCGUUUGCCGUCGAGGCAAUAACUCACAGCUGGCCGUCGAGCGGAUGCGGACCCUCCUGCCACCCGAUUGGCCCGUCGUCGUCAAAGACAUCGUCGGCGGAUUGCAAGCAUGGGCCGAACAAGUCGAUCCAUUGUUCCCAAUCUACUAGUUGUGCCUUCCCUUUUUUUUUUUUAUAUUUCUCAGUUUCUUAACCAUCCGCCAACUUCUUUUUAUUUGUAUCGUCUUGCGAAUUGAAUACGAGUUCCUUGAAUUACGUAUCUGACGAAACGCAUGAAAAAGAAGGCCACUGUUAUUUUUGGGGUCUGUACAAUG